AUGGCACCCUCAGCAACGACGAUCAACUCCUCCGCCCCUCGCCUCUCCUCCAACGACUCCGCUGUCCUCCAAGCCCUCUUUGACGCCGAGGCAUCCCCCCGCAAUGCCUCGGCCAGCAUCCAUGUCGACCCUUCUCUCCCCCAGCAACUACCUGGCAUAUCCCCAACCGAGCUCUCAACACUGCAAGCGCUCGAACGCGCCGCGAUAAUCCCCUUACAAGCAGACACAGAGGCGGAGCAGAUACGAGACGCCGUGGCGAAGCUGACGGCCAUCAUUGAGACGAAUAAGGGCUAUGCGUCAGCAGAUAACGAAGCGGUGGACCCCUACCAGGAGGCGGAGGACGACGACGACCAGGAGUUGGCAAAUAUGAUCUUCUCCGACCUCUCAACGGCAAUCGCACUCCUCACUCCAUCUCCCGUCUCCAACUCGUCCUCCGCAUCUUCCUCCGCACCAUCACAACAACCACAGCACCGACCAACCAGCCUCUCCCCUCUGCACGCCCGCAUCAUCGCGAACGCCCACACCCACCGCGCCUACAUCCUCUACCGCGCUUCUCGAGCCCUCUCCACAUCCACCACAUCUCCACCUAACGCCGCAACCGCACCACUGACUCUCCCGCGCCACCUGCAGCACAAAUCCGCGCAGCAACUCGAAGAGAUGGCCAGCAUGGAUUUCCAGCUGGGCGGGUGCUAUGGGAACGACAUCGCGCGCCAGCUGGCGAUCAAGACCAAUCCGUACGCGAAGAUGUGUGGGGCGAUCGUUAAGGAGGCGAUGAGGAAGGAGAUGAUCGGUGCAGUUGGGCAGGGUCAAUGGGACGGGGACGGCGACGGGGACGGCGACGGCGACGGCGGCAGGGAUGGGGGUGUUGGGGGGUUUGUGGUGUAG